UCACCUUUCCUACUCUCGUUCUGCACUUUCAUGGAGAAUUCGUCCACCAUCGUCAAUCUUCCACACUUUCCACAAAUUCUCAAACUUGAUUACUCCAAUUUUUCCUCUUAUGAGUUCAUUGCUCCUACGGUUGCACCGCCGCCGCCUUUACAUUCGACUACUUCCACCAAUGUUCCUCCACAAAAUACAGCUCACUCAGCGUGGCUUCGCUGAGAUCAAUUCCUCCUCGGCUGGAUGUUAUCAUCCGUCACCGAAUUUAUGCUCGGACAUGUUGUCCGAUGCACCUCCUCACGUGAAUUCUGGUCUGUUCUUGAGCGACUCUUCAUGUCGCAAUCUAAGGUUCGUAUCAUGCAGUUGCGUCUUCUUCUCUAGACCACGAAGAAAUGCUCAAUUAGUGUUGAAGAAUUCUUUCUAAAAAUGCGCAGUUAUGCCGAUCAACUAUCUGCAGUUGGUCAACUCAUCAAUGAUGAUGAGCUUGUGAUGUAUAUUAUCUCUGGAUUUGGACCAGAGUAUGAAGCUCUGGUUGUCAACAUUAUGAAUCAAAGUGAUACUCAGAAUUUGUAGGAAAUUCAAUACUCAUUCCAAGCCUAUGAACUCAGACUUCAGCAACAAAAUUCUCUCUGGUUUUGAGUUAUCUACAAAUUUUGCCUAUCGUGGUCAAGGAAGAGGUAUUUUUCCCCCUCGUGGAGGUUUCAAUCGCUCUAUACCUUCCACCAAGAGCAUUAUGUGUCAAUUAUGUGGUCGCUCUGGUCACGUUGCUCUCAAGCGCUUCAAGCGCUUUGAAAUAAAUUUUACAGAUAACACAACACCCCAAGCUUUUUUCUCUGAUGUGCAACAGUCACCUCCUAUAACUUCUGUUGAUGUUGUUGCUUCUCAGGAUCUAUCUGCAGUCUGUGUUACUCAGACACGACAUUUGGGCCAAGGUAUCCGUGUUGACACGACACGACACGUAGUAGGACACUGGAUACUUGUUCGACUCGUGACUUUCAUUUCGGACACGACAUUUUUGGCCCAAGGGAUUGUAUGGAUGGAGAAGAAAGCUUGAAGAUGGAAGAAAUAUUGAAAGUCGAGAAAUUGUUGAAGAAGUUGGUGAUUUUUGGAGGAAUUUAGAGAUUUGGCUUUGGAGCUAAUUAUUUUGUAAUUUAAUUAAGCCAAAUACUCUUAUGAUUAAUUUUUGGGCUUAAGUUUUUGAAAGGGGCCGAAACCCAUGUUAAUUGGGGGUGUUCGGCCACUUAGGG